AUGGUCAAACUUGGCGAUGCCCGUAUGGGCAAGAUUCUGGCAUCGUCAGCCACAGGCACAAGCUUCCUGAUUAUGAUUCAAUUGGCUUCCAGGAUCUUCACAUUUGCUUCAAACCAAUUGAUCCUGCGCACCCUUUCACCGGUCGUGCUAGGAAUAGCGGCACAGCUUGAGCUCUUUCAGGUUUCAAUACUGUAUUUUUCAAGAGAAAGCAUCCGAAUGGCCAUCCAAAGACAGCCAAUUUCACCGGCAUCAGAACAGCCGUCUGAUGAAACAGAUGAUGCGACAAAAGAAACGCAAUCAGUAUCAUCUCAGGCAGUGGUGAAUGUUUCUUACUUGGGCCUCGUUCUUGGGGUUCCUGCGAGUCUCAUGUUCACUAUGAUGUACCAACGACUAGCUCCCGGGGAGGCAUCAAAGACCGCUUUCUUUAAUUAUAGUGUGAUGAUCACCGGGGCAGCAUCCUUGUUGGAGCUAAGUAUUGAGCCUUUCUUUGCAAUCGUGCAGCAACACAUGCUGUAUGAGAAACGUGCCGCGGUUGAGAUGCCAGCGGCAUUUCUGAGAAGUGCUGUCACAUCCUCUGUCUUCAUAUAUGCCUCUCAGGUCAAUUAUCACCUCGGGGUGUUACCUUUUGCCCUCGGUCACCUCAGCUACUCGCUUGCUCUCAUUUGUGGCUACUCCUGGGCCUUACUGAAAGGCUCUAAGCUAGAAGGAUUUUCUUUCUUAUUGGUGCGUGUAAAAGCCAGCAAUCCAUCCAACUAUUUUCUGGGAUUAUUCUCACGCCAAGUAACGUCACUUGCUAUCAAUGUCUUUUUCCAGUCCCUAGUGAAACAUCUACUCACUCAAGGCGAUACCAUGAUGCUAGCUGCCCUCUCUGGACUAGAAGACCAGGGUAUAUAUUCCCUUGCAUCAAAUUAUGGCGGUCUCAUCGCUCGCAUCAUAUUCCAACCCUUGGAAGAAAGCAGCCGGAACUUGUUUUCAGCUCUGCUGAGUCCAGAUGAAAACGGAAACCUGAAUGACAUUCAUGUUCGCACCACCAAGGGUCACCUCAUUGACAUCUUACGUGCCUACCAGUUGCUCUCUGUAUUAAUCUUCCCGUUGGGUCCGAUCAUGGUACCCCAGUUGUUGCAUAUUCUUGGAGGUCGUCAAUGGGCUUCUCCAAAGGUUGGGGACCUGCUCUCCGUUUAUUGCUAUUAUAUCCCAUUCUUGGCCUUCAAUGGAAUCACCGAAGCCUUCGUGUCAUCUGCUGCUAGCCCGCAACAGAUACGCAAGCAAACGGUUUGGAUGGGAGUUUUUUCUGCCUGUUAUGCCUUGGCAGCCUAUAUGUUCCUGGAGGUGGGAAACCUAGGCGCCUAUGGACUAGUUCUCGCCAACAUUGUGAACAUGAUCGUUCGGACAAUUUGGAGUUACGGUUUCAUCAAGGAAUAUCUCCACCGGAAUGGGUGCAGUUUCUACACGAGCGAGGUGGCCAUUCAACCAGCUAGCUUCACCCUCUGUGCUGCGGCAAGCGUGCUCAUGAGUGGGCAUGGAUUUGGCAGCCAGAAUUUAGGGAUCAUUCAAGCAUGUGCUUUGAGUGCAAGCUACGGCCUUUUAAUGUGA